GUUUUGUCCCACAAACGAGGAGUGCCUCCGCAUCAAUAGAUGUUUUGGCCCACAAACGAGGAGUGUCUCCGCAUGUUCUUCUGCUUUACACUUCAUUCUUGUGUUAUCACCGCAACGCCUUCAUUUGUUGAACACCCUAAGUCAAACAACUUUUAUCAGAGCAGCAAUCGCGGAACAAGCAUAUCUAGCAGUACGUUUUAACUUAUCGUGACCUGCUAAAUAAAAACUAGCGUGCCAGCCUUCAGACGCUGUGAAAAUAUGCCAUGGCCAAUAAUACACAACCACAUGAUUGAACCCCUAACAUGAGGCAAUAAAGCCUAUCGUUCGGUGUAGUUGACAGACCAAGAAUGAGUUUCAUCCGAUACAUACGCCAUUGCGGCUUUCUUUCCCCUCUCAGCUACUCCUUCUGUUCCACUAUAAAAGCGAGCCGCUCUGCCAUUUAUUUUCUUUGUGCUGUCCAAUCAGGUAUUUUGUAGUCCACGAUUUAACCCACAACCCUUUUUUUCUGAUAGGUUCGCGGUAAAAAAACUACAAAAUUGCAAAAAAAUUACCCCUACGGUUCAAAUGCAGUCUCGUUUCAAGAAUCUUCUCAGAAAAGUUGACCGGAUCGACUACGUAAACGCGGAUUUUCCCGCUGGAUACGAAAAAACAGAGGAGGAUUACCGGAUAGUUAAAAACAAGAUGGAGAAUUUGAAGAACACUUUCCUGCAUUUCAUGACGUACGAGCACGGCGGACGUGCUUACAAAACGGCAAUGCGUGCGAUUGAAGUGGUGGGUCGGCGUGUCAAAAAAGACUCGUUCGAGGUGCGCAGUUUUUAUAAGGAGACAGAGCUCACUGGCCGGGAGAUUGCGAAGGUGCAGAGCAACGACAGUCUCAAGUCACUCGCCGAGAAAUACUCGGACGCAUUUAGCGCUGUGGAAGAUGCAAAAAUCAAAAUGAACGAAGAGUACGAGGAGAUCAUAAAGCAAAUCAAGGAGUUGCAGGACAGCAGUAGAACGAUUGAUGAGAAGCGUGCAAAUGUCCUCAAUCUCAGGUACGAUUUAGAGAAAAUGUACAAGAAAAAGAGCCCUGGAAAUGAAGAUCUAGACAACUUGAAGACAGAGUUUAACCAGGAGGCUAACCUUGUGAAGGAGGAGAUGAAAGGAUAUGUAGGCGGAAAGGGAGUGUCAGAAGUUAUCAGAAGAGCGUGCAGGGCCAUGGCAACUUUCUCUAAGGAGGCAGCAGCGGCGUUAGAAACGGUAAAGUAAAAUUAUUUGUCAGU